UAAACUCCAUCCGAGCAGAGUAGUAAAUUGCUGCACUCAAGACGCACAUCAAAUUCAACAGUAAACGUCACAACGCUGCUGACGGAGACUUACACAACAGGCACACCUUGCCAACACUCGCAGAAUGCUUUGCAUCUUCUUUAAAACUGCGGUGCAAUAGAGCAGAUGUUCUGCGGGACAAAUGUACCUAUAAUAGCGUGACUGCGAGGAAAGGUGUAUACCAAUUACCAGCCAGGAUCGCGCCAAGCGCGCUUCUGUCACGCGAUUUAGAAUCCAUGGGGACCAGUCGCAACGCAAGGGGGUCCCUUGGUUUUCGUGGUGGUGUUGCAUGUUUCUUGAUCGUCGCAUCGUGUCUUGCGUCGCUAAGCGCGGUCCAGGGUGCGGCACAGAGCCCUUUCAAAGAGGAGAUAAAGACCUGCCAUCCGGACUGCACAAAGUUUGGGAACUGCAACGGCGAGACGGGACAGUGUGACUGCCCGUUCGGGCUCACAGGCCCGUCCUGCCAGGAGCGGCUGUUCCCGGCCUGCCACUCCAGCAAAGACGAGGGCACAGUGCCGCACUACGGCACCUGGUACCCCAAGAAUUGCGAGUGCAUCAAGCAGCUGCGUGACUGGCCGGGGUCCUGCCCCGACUACCUACACUAUGAGGGCAACAGCGCCGCGUUCUUGUCGCCCUGCUUCUACGACUCAGUCACACACCACAACCUGCUGUGCUUCAGCUACAAGGGCCGGGACCCGGCGGAGCAGCUGUCCGACUCGCCGCCGCUUGACGACCCCAACGUGGAGUGGUUCCACAUCACGGGCUACCCGCGCGUGCUCAUGACGCCGGUGCCGCCCGCGCAGUGGCCCAAGGAGUACAAGACCCCCGACGGCGGCCAGUGGCGGCCGCUGAGCGAGUGCCCGGACCGCUGCAACAACCGCGGCUGGUGCCAGAUCCAGGGAAGCAACUACCAGGGCUUUCACGAGGACCCCAAGGAGCGCUGGUGCAACUGCCACGGCUACUACGAGGGCAAGUCCUGCGAGAUAGCCGACCCCGGCCACUGCUACCGCAACUGCAGCGGCGUGGGCGAGUGCGUGGGCGGCUGGUGUCACUGCAAGCCGGGGUACUGGGGCCACGGCUGCACGCGUACCAAGGCGUACAGCAGCAGCGUGGGCUGGCGGCCCAACCACGCCGAAAUCAAGGUGUAUGUGUACGACCUGCCCAACAAUGUGGUGCACCGCCGAGAGUUCAACGACCAAUGGGCCCUGAUCGACCUGAUGUACAACUCGGAGCUGGAGUUCACUGACAAGCUGUUGGGCGACUGGGGGGUGCGCACCGAAAACCCUUGGGAAGCUGCGCUGUUCUACGUGCCCACCUUCACCUACUGGUUCACUGGUAACGUGGGCCACCCCUACUACGUCAUCCAGCAUGCCACCAAGUGGCUCCAAGAGAACUCGCCCUUCUUCAACCUCACCGGCGGCCGCAACCACAUCUUCUGGGCCACCAACGACCGCGGUGUGUGCAAGCUGCAGCUGGCGCCGCCGGAGAUGCAGCACUCCAUUAAGCUGGUGCACUUCGGCCAGUCGCCGCGGCGGCCGUACGCGCACCGGCUCAAGGGGCAGAUGGACGCCACCGCGCACCUGGGGGGUCUGCUGGGCGCGCUGCCGCAGCCGGGCAGCCGCUUCCCCGACUUCCCCGAGUUCAACGCGGGCGACAUCCUGGAGGAGAGCGAGAUCUGCUACAGGCCGGAGAAGGACGUGGUGGCGCCCAACUACCUGCACAACGACUGGGUCAAGCCCGACAGCUACAACAAGGUGUGGGUCACCACCACAGAGGCGGACGGCACCCGCGUCGUGAAGCGGAAGCCCGACGCGCCCGCGCGCACCACCACGCUCUACUUUGGCGGCUACACCAAGCCCAUUAUGGCGUACAGCCAGGGUGUGCGCCAGACCAUCCACAAGAUGUUUGGUCCGGGCGGGAAGUACGACCCAGAAGGACCCAACGCGCGUAAAGACUUCGUCAUCGGCGGGCCUGCAGGCGGCGCCGCUGUGGACAGCAUGAAGCUGGCCAAGUUCUGCCUGGCACCCAUGGGCGCGGGCUGGGGCAUUCGCCUGGCGGAGGCGAUGGUCAGCGGCUGCGUGCCCGUGAUCAUCCAGGACCACAUCUACCAGGCGCACUGGGACAUCCUGCCCUUUGAGGAGUUCUCCAUCCGCAUCGGCCGCAACGAGCUGCACCAGCUGGUGGACAUCCUGGACGACGUCAGCCCGCAGCAGCUGGACAGCCUGCAGGCCGGCAUCGAGCGCUACCACCGGGCCUUCUUCUGGGACGCGCACUGGGGCGGCCUCGCCUACAACUACACCGUGCAGGCGCUCAAGCGCCGGGCCGUCAGCCUGUGGAGCGCAAACUACAGGCGGCACCGGAGGAGGCUGCAGCACGAGCGGGAAGCGCUGGAGCAGGACUGAGCCGGCGAUGGGUGUUGGCGUUAGUGAUGCACAGCAGAAGUGAUAGCUUAGCUUUGUGUGUGGUGGCCAAACAGGUGCCUGCACGAUGGCUGCUGACAGGUGCAUUCUUCCGUUAGGCAUGCUGGCAGGAGUGGACGUGUUUGCAAACCUCACGCGCUGCGUGUGAGAACAAACAAGAUAACGGUACUGUGACACUGCGCAAUUGGGGAUUGUGCUUAAUGAAUGAGGUGAAGCGGAGUAAACUGUGGCAGGUCGUAAAUACGAGUGCUGAGGGACCCAGCCGCGUGAGCGCGACGGAACAGAGCACGCGUGGCCAAGCUUCGAGGAAAGGUUCAACGCAUGGGGGGCACCAUGCGGAUACUGAGGCUGGAUGCGAUGGGGCAGGGUAAGGGCAGGUUGGCGUAGUCGCGUAGUGUGCAGCGUAUUGCCAGACCCCAACAUUUGACAAUCACGUCGCGACGUCAAUGCAUGAGCACACGGCUGGGGGGAAUGCCGGAAUAGUUGUACGGAUGCGUUGCGGUGGUUGCUGGCGUCCUCGCAGGCUGGUACUUUGCUGACGGAGCAUUCCUCAUGCAGUCAUGCUCCGGGCGCCCGGCCAGGCGAUACUGCGUAACUGCGAUAGCACCCA